AUGGCCCAAGACAGCCAGCCAACUACGAAACGGCCUAAUCAUACGUGGACUGCGGAAGAGGACAAAAUCCUUGUUGAGUGUCUCAUUGACAUUGGGUCAAGUUGGAAAGGGGAAAAUGGAUUUAAACCUGGAUUUUCGCUUGCUAUAGAGAAGCUCAUGCGCCAAAGGAUACCUGGAUGCACACUCAGAGGUAUUCCUCACAUCACAUCCCGGGUUAAGUUGUUAAAAAAACAAUACAACGCCAUUGCUGAAAUGAUCGGGCCAAGUGGGAGCGGGUUUGGGUGGAAUGAUGCAAAGAAAAUGAUAGAUGUGGAGAGAGAAGUAUUCGAUGAUUGGGUGAAGAGCCACCCAAGUGCAAAGGGGCUUUUCAAUAAGCCAUUCCCCCACUAUGACAGUUUAGGUACAGUCUUCGGAAAAGAUGUUGCAUCCGGAGUUAAUGCAGAGGAAGCUCCAGAAUCUAUUGCAGGUUUGGAGCGAGAUGCCACUUUGAAUGCAGAGAGUGGGAGUGGGACUGCCUUCGACGACUAUCUGGACCUUACUGGGGACUACAUACCCACACCCUGUGUCGAUACUACAAUGCCAGACAUCACAGUCGAUGAGGUCUCCCCACCUUCUCCAGUGUCUACUGCUACUGCAAAGAAGGGAAAAAAACGACAAAGAAGUGAAGAUCCAAUGGUUGUAGAGGUAGUUGAUGUGAUGAAGGAUCUUAGUCAGCAUUACAGGAAGUCCACUGCCAGUAUAGACAACUUGGUAGCUUGCUUUCAACAUCAAGCUGAGGGUAACCACAGGCGAAUGUCAAUUGUGACAGAGUUAGAGAAAUUUGAAGAUUUGACCGAGACAGAAAUGGUUCAGGUUGCUGUGCAAUUGGGCAGGGAUAGCAAUCUGACGGAUGUCUUCAUGCAAUGUAAUGAAAAUAAAAGAAGAGUAUUGGUGGCUGGGAUGUUGGCCAAUCAGCAGUGA